ACCCCAAUACCCAAACAGUAAACACGGUAUCAACGCGGACGCGUACCCAAAAUCGUACAGACGGUAUACAAACAAUGACUUAGAGACGGCCGGACUCUCAGCUUAAUACCAAAAAUACAUGCACGCUUGACAACAAUAGACAUGAUCCAAUCCACUGUAAGUGUCAAUAACUCGAGCAGGCCCACGUAGCUUCCCAAUUAAGUUGAGUCGAAGACCAUAAAAAUUUGGGAGUCAAUGCUUGUAUAUAAGAACUGAAUUUCUUCUAAAGACACACUCCUCUCUUCCUCUGCUCCUUGUAGAACAAACAAAACCUUCACUCGCUCUGUUUUAUCUUUUGUUUCUCUCUUUUCUUGUUUAGUAUAAUAGUAGUAGUAGUAAUAAUAAUAAGGUGGGUUGUGAGAAAAUGAACAUCUUCCUUGAGAUUGGGUUUAGAUUCCUUCCACCGGAUGAACAAAUCAUCCGUAUUUUUCUUAUAAAUAAAAUGAUUGGUGAUCCUGAUCACACCCUCCAUAUUAGAGAAGUCGACCUCAACAAGCAAGAGCCCUGGGACUUACCUGACUUGUCUAUAGUACGGUCGACAUAUCACGAAUGGUUCUUCUUUUAUAAACUGAACAAGAUUUCCGAGAGAAAAAAUGACAGGUCAACGAAGGCUGGGUAUUGGAAAUCGACGGGUAAGGAUCGGGAUAUCAGUUAUCGAGAUAAGGUGAUUGGUACCAAGAAGACUUUGGUUUUCUAUACAGGCCAUACUCCUCAUGGGGUCAAAACCGAUUGGGUCAUGCACGAGUUUCGUGCCGCUGCCGACAUCAUUCCUCCCAAUGCGGAUAACAGUUAUGUGGUCGGCUACUUAAAGAACAAUGCUGCCGAGAACACUGAAAACUCAAUUCCAAAUGAUGGUCAGUCAAGCACAUAUCUUGUGGCUAGUGGUUCUCAAAAUAAUGCAGUUGGGGUUACGUCUAUGGAGGUGGCUCCUCAAUUACCGUCCGAUAAUAUGGAUUACGAAAUAGCUUUGCAAAUACAGAUGAAAGAUCAGGGUAUCUUUGAUUAUGAUCUAUCAUCAUAUAAUGGCUUGCACGAUCUCCCAUCAUCCAGUGCCAUUGCCAGCAAUGGCCAAAACAGGAUGGAAGAAGAAGGUAUCUCCUUAGAGGAUCUCCUGCAAUCUAAUGACCCGGUUGAUGAUGAGCAGAAUGAGUGGCAACUUCAAUUUGACACCAUUGAGGAAGAAAAUGAAUUCAUGAUUUCUCUGUUUCAUGACCAAGAUGAGAACUCUUAUGUAGAGGCUGGGCACCAUCUUCACCUUGAUUACAGGGCACCAGACCAUAUUGGGGAUGGCAGUGACACUGACCCCGUAUGGACCGAUGAAUGGUGUGAUCAAAUUGUUCUUACGUCCGAUGGGGCUGGCCAUGGCCAGUCGGAAGGAUUCAAUCAGAAGCGAAUGGAAAAUAGUUUCCGUCACGAUGAGAUCCAUUAUAUGAAUUCCAGUGUUGACUCAGCGACAGUUACAGCCUACGAGAUCAAUUGUCUUGAAUCGGUCCGGGAGGAAAAUUCUGUUAACUCAAAAACCUGCAAAUCUCAAUAUGAGCCAAGAUCCCACAAGUCAGUGAUGCAGGGCAAAGAGAAAGCAGUAUCGAGAGACAAGACAAGAGAAAGUGGUGUGCGUCGUCCUGUUGUUAACCUUGUCCGGGGGAAGAGAUCCAUCGUGCUGUCUAACAAAGACCCUAAAAUGGAUCGGGACAGGAAUGCAAAAUCGGAUAUGAACUCAAGAUCUAAUGUGUCAGCUGGCAGCGGUAGAAAAAAUUCUUUCAAUUUCCUGGAGAUGUCCCAGCUAAACUGCAAAUCAAAUCCACCAUUAGUAAAUAUUAGAAAUAUACUUUUGGGCGUGAUUUUGUUCGUAGUUGUGGUUAGGGAAGUUAUGUUUCUUCAUUAGGCGGAGCAAAAUCAUUUUGUGGUUGCAGCUUUAGGAUAGAUGGUACGCCAAAAGCUGAUAAGGUGCAAUUUUCAGAAAGCAAAUGAUGCGGAUGAUGAUGAAAAUUCGUGCAUAUCUGAAAACUGAAUUCGGGUAACUUUUUGGUAUUAUAAAGCACGCCCUUGAGGAUUUAGCUGCUAAAAAGAAAGUUUAUACUACCCCUAUUCUUUUAUAUAUAUAUAUAUAUAUGUU